AUGGAUAGCGGAGGGGCAACGGGCCCGCUGCUGUAUGCAGUGGUCGCUGCAGUGCUGGGCAUGCUGCAGUUCGGGUUCAACACGGGCGUGAUCAACGCGCCGAAGCAGUUCAUCGAGAACUUUAUCAAGGAGCAGUACUCCGUCGAGCCCGAUCUGAUCUUCAGCGUUAUCGUUAGCAUUUUCGCGGUCGGUGGCAUGAUCGGCUGUCCUUUAGCCAGCUGGAUCGCCGACAAGCGUGGGCGCAAGUUCGCACUGCUUGCCAACGCUGUGUUCGGCGUGAUCGGAGCUCUACUAAUGGGCUUCAGUAAGAUCUCGUCGUCCGUAGAAAUGCUCAUCAUAGGCAGGUUCCUCAUAGGCGUCAACUGUGGGUUCGCGACUACCGCGUCCCCUACGUACGUCUCGGAGAUCGCGCCGUUGAGACUGCGCGGCGCCUUCGGCACCGUCAACCAGCUGGCGGUAGCCCUGGGCCUCGUCGGAGGUCAAAUAUUGGGCAUCGACGUCAUUUUGGGCAGCGACGAGGGAUGGCCCUGGCUGCUCGGGUUGGCCGUGCUCCUAUCCGCGAUCCAAUGUUUAAUGUUGCCACUGGCGCCUGAAUCCCCUAGGUACCUCUUGUUAGUCCAAAGGGACGAAGAGCAGGCGAGGGUUGUGCUAGCGAAGAUCAGAGGUACCGACGACAUUGACGACGAGAUCAACGAAAUGCACGUUGAGGACAGGGCCGCGAAGCAAGAGGAGAAGUUCUCUAUAGGCGACCUGUUCAGGAUAAAAGCUUUACGCACGCCACUUAUUAUUGGCGUAGUGAUGCACCUUUCGCAACAGCUGGGCGGUAUCAACGCCGUACUGUAUUACUCCUCGACGAUAUUCGAGAACGCCGGCCUCACGGUGGAGAACGCACGUUUGGCGACGAUCGGUGUAGGCAGCAUCCUGUUUCUAAUGGCACUCGUGUCGAUUCCUUUGAUGGAUCGCUUAGGAAGGCGCACCCUACAGCUGUGGGGCCUUGGCGGUAUGGCGGUCAGCUCCGUGCUUAUGACCGUUGCGUUCUACACUUAUACGGACAACUUCACUAUGAGCGUAUUCGCUGUCAUCUUCACCCUGCUGUAUGUGGGCUUCUUCGGUGUAGGGCCCAGUUCGAUCCCCUGGAUCAUCCUCUCAGAGCUGUUCGGCCAGGGCGCGAGGAGCGCCGCGGUAAGCGUUGGCGCCGCGGUGAACUGGUUCGCCAACUUCAUAGUCGGCCUGGUGUUCAUUCCGCUCACUAAAGUGCUGGGCAACCUCGUGUUCCUUCCGUUCACGAUACUGCUGAUCCUCUUCUACGUAUUCGUCUACUUCAAGCUGCCGGAAACGAAGAACAAGACCAUCGACGAGGUGACGGCUAUCUUCAAGAAG